CAGUCGAAGGGAGGGAGAGAGGGGGAAGUUGUCGGCGUUUCCCUCUAGACAUGCAUCAUUUCAGCUGAACCUCCAGCUGCUCUCACAGAGAUGGAGACUACAGCAUUGCGGGAAUAGCCGCAAACAGGAGAUAAGUUCACUUUACUUUCAACGAAGAAGGAUCAUUAUUUGUGACUGAUAAUGUGUAGAGGUAUCUCGGACUUGCAGCUGUCAAUGGGUUGACACCUGUCCACCUUGAAGGAGUGACGAGGUCGGUUCGGACAGAUGGAAGUCGUUUGUACCGGGUCUCGCAUCCAAUCUGGAGGCAUCUUUUGCUGCAUUCACGAUGAUCUGAGCGUCACUUCUUGGCGCUAAGUAGAGGCAACCCUCCUACUCUCUCACUCUCUCUCCUUCCCCGCGCUCUCUUUCUCACUGCCUACCCUCCCUGUCGGUCUUUCUCUUUUAUUUUUGCGGGUUCAGUCCAGACUGCCCAGUCAGUCCGUCAGCCCCCCUUUUUCCCCAGCGCCAGGGAAGCUGGUAGCGAUGGGGCGGCUCAAUUUCAGCACCAAGGAGAGCGCUGGACUGUUGCUGCUUUGUGUGUGUGGUGCGCUGGUGCUAUCCGUGGUGCUGGCCGAGCAGGAGGGAGAGAACCUAUCUGGGCUUUCAGACAACCCGGACAAAGCAAUCUUCGCGGUCCGCGAGAACGGAACGACGUGCCUGAUGGUGGAGUUCGCCGUCAAAUUCCUCGUGCCAUAUGACGUGCUCGCGCUUAACGGGAUAGACCUCAUCACAGAGCAGGCGUCUUUCACGCUGCCCCGUGGGGCAGAAAUCGAGGGGAUAUGUGGGAGCACCGAAUCGGAAAUCCACAUCUCCUGGAAGAACAACGCCUAUAUCCUCCGCAUUUACUUCUCCAAGGAGAUCCGUGAAAAGGGUAUUGAGGUGUGGAAGAUCAACAAGAUCCAGUUCGUCUACGACACCUCGGAGACAUCGCACUUCAUUAACGCAUACAACCCUGGAAAGCACACAGCCAGUACCCACAAGCUCUCGGCCCUGGUGACCCCAGCCGGGCACUCCUAUGUGUGUUUGGCUCAGCAGACCGUUACCCUCAUCUCGAGCGACCACCAGAAGGGUAUCACAGUCUCCAUGUAUGACAUCCAGAUCCAACCCUUUGACAUCGCCUCGGACUUCAUGUUCAGUGCACCUUAUAAGUGCAUCACAGACCAGCGGGAGCACCUAGAGGAGACCCUCCCCCUCAUCCUGGGCCUCGUUCUUGGCCUAAUAAUCAUCAUCACGCUCACCAUCUACCACUUCCACCUGAAGCUGACAGCGACUCAGCCACAGCUCCCCAGAGAUCGCUCAAUGUACAAGAACAUGUAGUCCCGUGAUGUGUCAGUGGUACCCUCACCUCUCUCCUUCUGACAGAUUCGUCUCUUCAAUGUCCAUGUAAUACUACUGAGGAUUGCGUCCCCCACAUUGGCCUUAGUCCCUGAUUGGAAAAUGUUAAUGGUCUGCCCUGCCCACUGGAGCCUUUAAACUGUUAAAUUAUGAGUUAUUUGGACAGUUUUGGAUGCAGCAUGAGUGUAUUUGGAGAGUAAACCCACCCAAAUCUAAUUAAAAUGGCUGCUGGAUUUAAAGUCAAUGCCAUAAGUAGUUUCAAUUAAAGUGAAUAGAAUUUUCAGGAAAAUAUUUUUCCCCAAGCUGGUUUAUAACAAUGUUUGAUCCAACUUGUCAUUCAAGACAUUUCUAAAUUCCUGACUUUCAGGGGUUAUCCUGUUUUUUCUUUCUCUGUUUGAAACAUCUGCUUUUGGACUCCAUCUGCAUUUGUAAACUUUGUUCCAUUUUUUUGUUUCUUAUCCCUGUGCUCAUACAUCCAGAAUGCAGCCAUAGUGUUGACAGUGGACCGUCUUGUAGUGUACAGUGCAGUUUUGCCUUGGCAUCAGACCCUUUAUCUGCACCAAUGUAAGAAACCAAUCAAAGAAAGAAAAAUAUUAAAGGUCAGAUACAUAAGACCUUCAAAACUAGAAAAAAAGAAGUAAGUAUUUAUGAAAAUGUGGAGAUUAAUAAAAAAAAUGUGUAUAUUAUUUUCAGAUUUAAGGUCUAUGCAUAAACUUCUGCUGAUGCAAUCGUGCCGUAUUCUGUUAUGUUUGAAAUAAAUUGGUGGAUACACCCUUACUAAAUCAA